AUGACGAACGGCGUGCAACGGUUUGGAGAUAUCCCGGUGGCCACCGUCUUCACGGCAUCCUGCUUCGAGAAAGAGCUGACCCUGCUCCCGGAUGAGAAAAAGAAACCGACGUCGCCCUCCCAAAUCGUAGUCCCAUUCCUCUGUCUGCCCACGCACGCUCAAGAACUGAUUGCGAAACACAUCGAUGCCGACGACCUACGUACCCGUUUCCGGUUGGCCCGUUGCUGUCGAGACACCUGGGCGGUGGUGGCAAAUGCGCCGAGAUCAGCAAGCAACGCCGUCAUCUUCGUCAAGGAUGGAGAGCUAGCAAUCGAAGGCGUAUCCGAAUCGGACAUCGAAAAUGAUGCUACCGUCUCAAUGAUGUAUUCCAAUUCUGAAAUUGAGAUACUUUCCAUAGCGGGGACGUGCGAGAGCUCGCAAGCCAAGAUAAUAAGCUCAAAGUUGAAAGCUCGGGAGCUGCACCUGGAAUGUCUGCCCCAAUCGCUCGACUUUCUUGAAAUUGCCAUGCCAAAGGGUGGCUAUCAGAAGCUGUCGGUCGCGGACUGGCGGCGCGCGGAGCAUCGUGCCAUCUACAAGUUUAUGACGGACAAGUGUGACCAAGUCGUUGUCUGCAAAGUCGAUGACCCGGUCGAAUGGCUCCAGUGGCACGGCAAACGACUUUUUAUGCAAAUCGAGGCGGCCGCGCUGCUGAGGGGCAAACGUUUCAUUGGCCAUUUGAUUGUGCAAUGGCUGGCGGGCUCGAGGGAAAUCUUUUCUAUAACAGUCACCGAUUCGGUGUGGUAUUACUGCAUCCCGACUCGGCUGCAGAAGACGAAAUUCGUGCGUGCGGACGGACUGACGUUAUUGCUGGAAAGUGGGGAUUCGCUGCAUCGCCUGACGUUGCGACCGACGGUUCCG